AUGUCGCAUCACGGACACGGAGGAUAUGCUCCAUAUGGAGGCUACGGAGGACAUGGUGGAUACGGAGCUCCACCACCUGUUCACGGAGUUCCAGGAUACAUGCCACAUGGUCAUGUUGAGACUUAUGGAGGACACCAUGGAGGACACAUUGAUACUCAUCAACAAGUUCAUCAUGAGACAAGCCACCAUGAAGGACACAAUAGUGGUCAUGUCUACGAGAGCCAUCAUCAGACUUCUCAUCAUGGUGGACACCACGGAGGACACCAUUAA